AGAAUAAAGAUAUCAAAAACAAAUAUGGCAAGAGAAUCUCAAUCACCAUUUAUGUGAUUCAAUCAAGAAUUAGUGGCAAACCUAAUUCUCAGCCAUAUAUAUAUACAGCAAAGAUGUGCAGCCGCGGGGGGAUUGGCCGCAAAAAGUCUGGGCUGAAGAGCCGAAACCGAACGCAAAAUUUCAAGGAAAAACUCCACUUCGAAUUCAAGGUUUCACGCCAAUUCAAAGGGUUUGAAAAAUUCUAACACAUUCCUGAGACUAUUCUGAAACUAUUGCAAUCACCCUCAUCAAUCAUAACGUCCAGAACUGCUCUCUGUAGCUCUCGGUUUGCACUCCCUUUCUAUGAAUCGAAUUCUAUAAUUUAUGCGCUCUAAACAUGUUUUAAUGGUAUAUUCGGGAUCAUAAUCAUGUUUGCAAUCUUUCUGGAUAGUUUAAUUGGGUUUUGGAUGCAGGUUUAGAAGCACACCAUUGUUAGGUCACUGAAGCUCAAGAAUUGGGGAUUUAAGAUUUAGGAGGAAUUGGUCCGAAUUAAAGACACCAGUGAACUCAGUGGGGAAAAACGAGUCGAACCAUGCCCUCACCAUUAAUUUCUAUUGUGUAUUUCUUGAAUUUGAAAUUUGCAGGUCUUGUAGCUACAUAUAUAAACCGUUGCUAAAGGUCUGUGCAUUUGAGGAAAAAAACGCAGAAGAAGAAGGAGAAAAGCACGACGCUAUGAGUUGUUUUUUUUUAAAACUUUCAUGUCGUUUUUAAGGUUCAUCUGGUAUAAGCUUCAAUGCAAUAUCAACAAGUGAAGCUUGGCGCGUUGGCAAAGGGAACAGCCUUAAUACCUAGCACACCUGGGUUCGAUACCUGGGUAUUGCAAUUUUUUAAAUUCGUUUUGUUAAAAUAUGCUCACAGAUCUAGCGUGCGCGCAUUAUAAGGGCUUACGGUGUGCCCUCAUCCUGCUGCCACCGGAUAUCUCUAGAGCCAUAUCCAAGGGAUCAGAAUGCAGCUCCAUGGUAUACCUUCAAUAGCUCACCACACAAGAUGAUUGCCAGGUAUAAAGACUAGUAUUAAAGUAAUAUUGGUUAUUGUUUGCCUCCGCUGUAAAAACGAAAGUUUUUGAAUGCUGUCGUUCACUGCGUUUUAUCUCCCUGAACGAAAAAACAAAAACACGUCGCUGCAACCAUGGAACACCCUCAAGCAACCAUGGAACACGGCGCUGCAACGGCGUCACUACCAGACGCUUUUCUCCACUUCUUAGAAUCCAACGGAAUCGACCCAUCCAUUUACACUUCAAUUGAUUCCACUCCACGAUACAUUCGGUUGAAACCCGGUUUUGAAGAUUGUAUUGAAGAUGUUGAAUCAGAAGUUAAAUGUAAACCCGAAAAAUUGGAAUGGUUGCUAGGGUUUUACACUCUUCCACCUCAUAUUCAAAUUGCUAGCACUAAGGCAUACCAAGAAGGAAAGAUAUAUGGUAUUGAUGCAUCUUCUGGAGCUGCUGUUAUGGCUUUAGGUAUAGAACCUGGGGAUCAUGUGUUGGACCUAUGUGCUGCUCCUGGUGCUAAACUUUGUAUGAUACUAGACCUUCUUGGUGAUUCGGGCUCCGUAACUGGAGUUGAUGCUGCAAGGCAUCGAUUGGCAGCAUGUAGAACAAUGCUGCAGAAGUAUAAACUGGGUGAUAGAUGCCGGCUUUUUGUUGCUGAUGGAACAACAUUUUCAGUUAUUCCCGGGGGGUUUCGUUCUGAUUCUGAAUCAUGUGAGUCUAGAUUGGAAGAAAGAAUGGACGAAUUCAAGGAGUGGACAUCUAGAAGACCAUGGAAAGAAAGGAAAAAAGCAAAGAAGUGUGGCACUCCACAAGUGGUGUCUAAGUCUCACCCUCCUGAACUCAUAUAUUAUGGACGACAUUCUGGAGUUAUUGGUCUUACUAAAGGAGAAUUAUAUAAGACUGUAUCUGAAAAUGAGACUGCAGGCUAUGGCUAUGACAAAGUCCUUGUGGAUGCAGAAUGUACUCAUGAUGGUUCAGUUAAACAUAUUCAGAAGUUUGAACAUUGGGGCUGGGUAACUCUUCAACGUCGUGUGCUGGAUGCUGAGAGGACGGAUAGUUUACAUGCUCUUCAGCUGAAUCUUCUCACCAACGGCUUCAGACUACUAAAAGUUGGAGGAUCACUCGUCUAUAGCACUUGCAGUUUAACUGUUGCACAAAAUGAAGACGUGGUAGAACAGUUCUUGAAGGAAAAUAUAACCGCCGAGUUGACAGAGAUAGAUGCUGCCAGAAAAUGGCCUUGCAAGGGUGGCCGCAUACAAAAAACAUGGCGAUUUGACCCAUUAACAUCACAAACUAGUGGACUCUUUGUGGCAAAAUUUAGAAAAGUAGUCAUUUGAACAUCACAAACUAGAAUAUAUUUUUUCAUAGCCUACCACAGUUAUAUUAGAAGUUUUUUUUUUUUUUUUGGUGGGAAGUUAUAUUAGAAGAUUUGAUACAAUAGAUAUUUUGUUAUUAUUACUACUAUUAUUAUUAUUUUGAUGAAAUAUAAAUCAUUGAAAAAAUACCGGUUUAAAAAUCA